CAACACUCAUCAACCGGACUUACUACCACUGAUGAGAUAAGCCAAUUGGUACAUCCCAAUGUUAAGUGGGGUUUUAUUACUAUGUUGUUAAGGUAUUGGUUAUAGAUAUCAUCUAGUAUAAAAAACCAGCAAAUCACUGUUCUAGAAUAUUUGCUAUGACUUUCUCAUGCAUGAAUUUAUUUCCAGCGAAACUAUAUAAAGGGGUCAUACCGCUGUUUUUUUCUUUGUAAUUCAAUUUCACGAAAACUAGUCAAUCCUUUGUAAAUGUACAGCUUAAAAGACAGCAAGGCUUUAGAAGAAUAUAAUGGUCAAUCGAUCUUCUCCCACUCAGGAUGGGAGAAUCCUCAGAUAAGAAAUUCUGGUAACCCCAACAACUUCAGCUCUGAAAGUUUAUUACCCAAGGCCCAUUUAUACAAGGAGCUUUUGAACGAAGAUAUGGUAUUCAAGGAAAAUUUGUACAACGAGUUUGAUGAUGUCAACUUGAGCGAAGAGCCUGGUCAAUACGUCAUUCACUUCAAGGAUGAUAAGAUCAACCAGAAAGAGUUGAGGUUGGACUUCAACAAAGAAGACAACGAGUUGAAAAUUGAAAUAUUCCAGAAGUCCAGCAAUGAACAGGAUGAAGAGUACUAUGUGAGUCACUUUGAAAGCAAUGUUAAGUUUGACAAGUCCGUCAAGUUCGAUGAGAUCUUGCCCAGCACCGAAGAUGGUGUGGUAACUAUUUGCAUUCCAAAGGUUCACAGAGAUAACGACAGCCUGACGUUGAUGCAAUUGAAAAACGCUUCUGUUGAACAGUUGAAGAAGUAGACUAUUAGCUAUAUUCAUUAUUAACUUUCAGUUCUUUGACGACCUAUUAUCAAUUCAUGUUGCUAUUUCAAAUUUCGAAACUCAAAGGUGCUUUAGUAUCAACAAGUAUUUACUUUUUUCUAAGAUAAACGAUAUUAAGACCUAGGUAUAUUUGUGUAGUAUACGAUAAAUGACAUUCUAGUUGACAAACAGCAAAAGCUA